GAUCGAGUCUGUGGGGUGAUGGGAGCGAUAUCGAAACAUGGUUCAAUAGCCGUCAAUCAUUUUGGUCACUACUUCACUUCUACGCGAUAGCGAAGGGAGCAACUUCAGAGAAGAUUGGUUCUCUUUCGGAUGCUUACCAGAAUGGAGUCGACAAAUCAGUCAAGGACUUCAAGGUUGAUGGAAGUCUAAAGGAAGAUACUGGCCAUCAUCCCGGUCCAGCUAUUGGGUCGAUUGGAGAUUAUACCUCAGGAAGGACCUCGAAAGGACUAAAAUUGGAAUACCAGUGGGGUGAGUUCACGCGUAUAACACAAUGGACCACGUUUAUGAGAAUUAUAGGAUUAAUUCAGAAUAAUAUAAAGGAUAUCUUCCCUCGAAUUAUGAAUGAAAUAAAGCAUUCUCAACAAGAUGUUCAACAAACGGUUUUACGGGUUCAUGAACAACUUGUUCGGCAUGUGAAGAAAGAUAUGCCUCAACUGAUAGACAUAUUUAGACACUCGAACCAAGUUGUACGGGAGGCAGCUGUAACGGAUAUGGUCCCACAAAUUAUGAUCCUCUUCACGGAUCCGAAUUCUCUAAUACACCAGACAGCUGUGGCAGCAAUUGGCAAAGUGUCCCAUUAUGGUAAGUACACUGGAUUCAGACGAGUCUUAAGGCUGAUAGAAUCUGUAGAAUGGCUCCAUGGCAUAGUUAAGGAUGCAAUUCCUCGAGUUGUUGAGACUAUUCAAGGUUUCGAUCCAAAACUUCGUGCAGCCGCUAUUGUAAAUCUCAUACAAUUGACUCAAUAUGAAAUGGUCCAAAAUGGGAUCUUCCCACUCAUUUACACGUUCCAAAAUACGGACCCUAGCGCUUAUCAAGAAGUCAUCCUGUUGUUUGGAUCACUAGCAAAGUAUGGUCGAGAUUUAGACUGGCUCCAAGAUAUGAUUAAAGAUAUGACUCCUCAGGUUAUAGUCCUAUUCAAAGAUUCAAAUCCUGCUAUUCGUUGUGCAGCUGGACAGCUUAUUGGACAACUAGCUCAGUUUGAAUCCAAUGUUCGAGAGGAAGCAGUCAAGUCAUUUGGGCAGCUGGCUCAAUGUGGUGGCUUUGACAGUGUUUGGGCAAAUAGGCCUACUUGGUUCGUGUUUCAUCGUGACGGCGUACAAAAUUAUCGACACAAAUCCGCAGAACGCCUUCAAUAUGCUAUCAGAAGUGAGGUCCCCAAGCUAGUGGGCACAUUUAAGCACUUGGAUGUGCAAGCUCGAUAUUGGCUUCAAGGUACCAUCAGGGAUGCAAUCCCUCAAUUUAUCGAGGUUUUCGAAGAUUCGGAGUAUGCUACAUGCCAAGAGGCUGUGGAAGCAUUUGUUCAGAUAGCACAGCAUG